AUGGUCCCAUUCUUGACCUACUCGAUGCUCUCACCGAUGUGGUUGUUGACGAGCAACUUUUUGCUGUUCACCUUUGAUCAACAAGGUCAUCUUGCUGUCUAUACUGGUAAGGCUGGCUGUGCCGCUCCUGGUGAAGACACAGUCAUCUUUCGCCCGCUGCACGGUGAGGAAACUCCAAACAUGGGUCAAGUCGAACAACAGCUUGCCCCUUUUCUGCGACUGUACGAAGCUGACGGCACCAAUGUCUUUGACAUCCUUGGCUCUUCGCAGACUCGACCUCUUGACGAGCCCGACGAAAUCGUCAUGUUCUGCGUGGACUGCAGUGCCAGUAUGAGCGCUUCAACAGAUCUGAUGGGCAUCGACACAAGCGAAGACUUGGACCAAGGUGCGCAGAUGCAUCAAAUUCCUCCUGGGGUCUAUACUCGAGUCUUGCUUGAGCACACGAAUAGAGCUGUGGGUCUGCACGAAAUCUACGAUGAUGUGCUUGGCUGCGUCGUCGACUGCGUGCAUGGUAACAAAGCCAACAUCGCAUCCAAGAUGCUGAGUCUCGUCUUUGACUUGACCACGACCGAACUCAAAAAACAGCGUGCCCAGCCCAUGUACAGCUGGACCCAACGUGGAGCCAAUCAGGUAAGAAUGGACCAGUUGGAAGCCUUCGCUGCUGGUCUCAAGCGUUUCGAGGAAGAGCUGAUAGACAUGAUUCUUCUACGUACUAUGGCAAUGUCUCAGCAGAAAUGGGGUUGGAACGUGGGCGAUCGCCUCCAUGGUCAGGUACAGAUGCAGCCUCUACCCCACGAAGUCACUCUCAUCCCUGAUGCUCUCAAACGUCCCAUCAAGCUUGAUCUCAUCCAGGAUCCGGUGAUCGCUGCUGAUGGUCAAGUUUACAGCCGCCAGACCAUCAGCAAGUGGAUGUCAAUCCGAAGCUCAUCGCCACUGACUGGUCUAAUGCUGGAGAGCACUGAGCUUCGUUCACACUUUGAGCUUGCUGAGCAAGCCGACAAAUGGUUACAGGGAGAGGAUCUUCUCGAACCACCGUUUCCAAAGAGCUUUCUUGAUCUGUACAAGAUUGCUUUCCGCGGUAUGAGAGGUCGUAACAAUAGCUUCCAGCUUUCGUUCAACACAGUCCUCGUUCCAUCUGCUCAAACUAUCUCUUCUGCGGGUAUUGCUGGAGGCAGCGUUAUCAGAAUCACAAUCGCUAACGACGCCAACGCCAUCCAAGUCGAGACGUCACAGUCUUGUCUCGUCAAGGUCUACAAAGGACACCAACGACCAGACUUCUGCUUCUGGGUACCCGAUAACACUACAAGUACCUUUGCAUCCAUCCUUGCCAAGUACUGGCGUCAUCAAUGGACGCAGGACCCAUCGAUUGAGUACGAGAGAAAUGAAGUUUGGACAGGUCUCAAAGAAUACGGAGAUAGUUGCUUGACGGGCAACAUCAUGAGCAACACCAGCCGUCUUAUCCUCUACCUCAAUCCUCACACUGCUACCGGUAUACUUGGCCCUGAGCUACUUCGUGCAACCAGUGAUGUUUCUCAAUCUCUCUCCGAGAGCGAAGAUGAAGAUGGAGAUGUCGACAGCAGAGUAUUGGUGCUGAAGGUCCUUGUUGCCGAAAUUGUUAGCACAGAGCAGGAAUCGCGCCUCCUCUCUCGACUCGAGGGCUUGAAACAGAUGUUUGAUGCCAUGGUCAAUCGUCUGAUCGCUUACUCGUACAAGACGCACAUUGGACUCGUUACCUUCAGCUCCACUGCGAAGGUGUCCCAGUCAAUUACUCAUGUCAUUGAGAACUUCAGAAGGAGUGUCCAGAGUAUGCAUGCAUCAGGCGAUACCGCACUUUGGGAUGCUCUCAAGCUGUCGCAGACUGAACUCCUGCCGAGAAAUACCCUCGAGCUCAGCGACCUGCGUACCAACGAGAUCGCAGUCGACUCUGUCUGUAUCGGAGAUGACAACAACAGAGAUCUCAUAGCGGUCUCUAACAUGCUCAAAUCUUACUGUUUCUACCCCCAAGAUCUCACGACCGCAUUGGCCACCUGUGAGAUGGAACCCGUCUUGUCUCAGACGGAACGUCCGACACGCGACUUCUCUAUGGUCAACGACCAGCGCGCGUCCAUGCUGAAUACGUUUUUCAACAUGAGAGCCCGUGCCUCCUCCACUGUAGUCACCCAAGACGUCUACCCCAAGCGUAGGGAGCACCCUAGAUUGGAGGACACAUUCGUUCAGCUCGCCAACCCUGUCCGUUCGAACGCCAGCAAUUCAUUCAGCCUGCCCACACUCAGAGCAUCUCGUCUGCUUGUUGACAUGCGUGAGAUGGCCGCCAAUCCUCACCCCAAGUACGACUGCUACGUAUCUGAGGCUGACAUGUUCUUCUGGAAGGUCGUGAUCGAAGGCCCUCUCGAGACUCCGUACGAGGACUGCAGCUUUCUCUUGUACCUCGAGAUGCCUGAGAACUUCCCUGCCUUCCCACCCAAGGGUCGCUUCGUCACUCCUCUGUUCCAUCCCAAUAUCAAUCGCCAUGGUCGUAUCUGUCACAGCAUCUUUGGCCGUGACUGGACUACCGACACCGCCCUCAAGAAUGUUCUUGAUACCGUGUAUGGUCUCAUGCUUAAAGAUGGCCAUUAG